CGGAUGUGCCAGGAAAUGGGUCGCCACAAGGUCACAAAGUAAAGCGCAAAUGUGGAGUAAUACGCUGCACCUCAACAAAGGUCAAUGUAUAUAGAGUGCGUCAUCUAUUGGGAAAACGCCAGAAUUGCGGGGAGAAAACGUUAACAAGGUUUAUUAAUAUAAUUUCAUCAAGUUCUGCGGGCCGGAUUAAAAAGCUUAACGGGCCGCAUAUGGCCCGCGGGCCGUAGUUUGCCCAUGCCUGGGUUAAACCUUGCAGAGGUGAGGUCGUCAAUGAAAAAGCAGGAGAUGCGGAGGGCCAUAACUCAGUAUUACAUCGAGAAGAAUGUGUUUGCAGCUGAGGUAUUGGGAAAUAUCCUUGAAAAGGUACCAGCUAAUGGGACGGCUCAGUUAGAGAUGGAGAAAUUAAGGUUGGAACAUGAAAUUAAGUUAACGCAGCUGGAAGCAGCCGAGAAAGAGAGAGAGAGAGAAAGGGCCGACAAACAAAGGGAGCAUGCACGCCAGCUAAAGGAGUUAGAGGUGAAAAAGGAGCAGGAAAGAGUUGAGAAGCAAAGAGAGCAUGAACCUCAGUUAAAAAUGCUGGAAGCAGCUGAGAAGGAGCAGGAAAGAGCUGAGAAGCAAAGAGAGCACGAACUUCAGUUAAAAAAGCUGGAAGCAGCUGAGAAGGAGAAGGAAAGGGCCGAGAAGGAGAGGGAGUUGCCCAGAGAGUACCUGGGAGGAUCGGGGGAACUUAGAAUUUGAAAAGGGUACAGGUAUUGAAAGCCUGGAAGAGGCCAAUGUCCCGUUUGAGUGUGUCCAAGAUGGGGAUGCACGAGGUGCUGAACCUGGUAACGGAGCUCAGAAGAAGUCUGAGGUAUUUGAUUCAGUGGAACGGGACGGCCGUCCUUGUGGGUCAGAUAGACUUGGUUCAGUGGAAAAAGGGUUAACCUUGGUAAUAGUGGGAAGUGAGAGUUCCCAGGUGUUUGUGCUUGAAGGUGUGUUCAAACUUAAUGCAGAGUUCAAAAAUGGGGAGAUAAAUAUUAUUAUUGAAGGAAACGGAAAGUCUGUAGUUCCCAAAUUGAAUGAAGAAAUUUUAAACCUGACAGAUCGCUUACAGAGUAAGCCGGGAGAUAGCGGGGCCCCCGACUCUAUUGUUAUUCCAGGAUGUGGUGUGAAGAGGCCGAAUUCGAAAUGCUGCUUGAACAAAGAGUUCGAAUUAAAAACCAAUAGUCUGAAGGGUCCUGACGAGAGGGCUAGCCACUUGUGUAAAAUUAAAGAAUUGGGUGGAAAUGGUCUAAGUUUGGGACAUGGUGUUGAUAAAAUAACCCCUAUGAAAGAGGCACCAGUCCACAUCGAGCAGUGGAAAAGGUGAGCAGCUUCAGGUUUCUUGGUGUUAACAUCUCAGAGGAUCUACCUUGGGCCCAACACAUGAAGAAGGCAAGAAGGUACACCAGUGGCUCUACUUCAUUGGGAGUCUGAGGAAAUAUGAAAUGUCACCAAGAACUCUUGCAAAUUUCUACAGAUGUACAGUGGAGAGCAAUCUGACUGGUUGUAUCAUUGACUGGUACGGCAUCUGUAAUACAGAAGAAGUGAGGCUGCAGAGGAGUGUAGAUGAGACAACUCAAUCACAGGCAGAACCUCCCCACCAGAGAGGACAUCUUCAAGAGGUGGUGCCUCAAUAAGAUGGCAUCCAUCACUGAUGAUUUUCACCAUGUAGGCCAUGCCCUCUUCUCAUUACUACCAUCAGGGAGAGGAUCAAGAACCUGAAAACCUGCACUCAAUAAUUUAGGUGCAGCUUCUUAUCGUCUGCCAUCAGAUUUCUGAAUGUUCCAUGAACACGACUCUAUUAUUCCUUUGCACUACUUAUUUUUUAUUUUAUGGCAAUUUUACGUCUUUACAC